GUAGGCUAACAGUAAAUCCUCCCUCUUCCCCUCCAAAGAGAAAGGGGGCGCAUCAUAUUGAUCACCAGAAGGCGGAGUAAAGGAUUAUUUUGCUCUUUUUUUUACGCUUACCUCUACUGAUUCGUCGUAGGUGUGUCGAAACAUCAUUUAGAGUACUAUCAGAGGGGUUUAGGUUCUCGCUUACCGCUCAUUGACAUAUUUGAGGUUCUGGAAAGCACAUGUAAUAUUCUCCUUCACCAGACCAUGUGUGCCUGUGGGGUUCAGUUGCUCUAGAUGGAAGUCUCACAUGUCCUGCUGACCUAAAAUCACAUGAGUGGUGUCACAGCUAGAUAAAGGUGCACAGCUAAUUCAGAUUCACGCCUAACGUCAAAUAAAACAGGGUGUCUAGAUAGAUUUUCCAAACAAUAUCUACGUUCUUUACAAAUAUGUACAUCGUGUCACGUCUAGAGUGCUAUUACGCGCCUAGGCAACCAUUGUAUUCUUUAAUUCAACAGAAACAAUGCGCUUUCUUACUGCUCUAUGGUUUAAAACCGAAAUAUUAAAAGCUUUAUCAUCAGAAGGGUCUAGUGCUUUCAUUCGCACACGCCAACGAUAAAAAUAUAGAAGCUCUUGCUCAUUACAGGACUCCUAUAUUAUCCUCUCUUCACGCUUUAUCUGGGAGUGUCAGAGUUCUUGAUGCGUCAAAACUCAUUUGAUCCUACUCAUCCCACUGGAUACUCCUUGCGUAUUAACAACGAGUCUCAAACAUUAAGCACUGCAAAAAAACGACACGGAGCGACUGCUUUCUCGCUCACAAGCAACGGCACAAUCGCGCACUCCAAAAAUGAUGAGGGCUACAGUAUUGCUGCUGUGUUGAACAACAAUGUUAAAGAAAUCGGGAUCGCUUUUGUUGAAUUUCCCUCCUUUGCGAUAUCCAUUACCCAGUUCGGUGACACUUGCUCCUACUCCAAGCUGAAUGCAUUACUCUUCGCUCGAAACCCGGUUGAAGUGCUUCUUUCCAGCACAACGAUUCACGAUCCAUUCACACGCCUCUUGAUUGAACGAUUCGGUGCUGAGAUCACCUUCACAAGCAUCCCAAGAAAAUACUUCGACGUAGAAGAUGGUGUGGUGCGAUUAAAUUAUCUUAAAUCUACACAGGAAACCACACUCUCGAUUGAGGAUACCGACCACUACUUGAGUGUAGCAUCUGCGAACGCGCUAGUCCUGUACGUGGAAGGUGUCACACACAUGCAGCUGCUACCUGGUUCGAUUCGGGUGCGUUGUAUUUCGCUUGAUAACUUCGCCGAUAUAUCACGUUCUACGGCACGUUCACUUCACAUUCUGCCGCCGAGCUCCUGUGAAGGUGUGGGCCGAAUACCUCUGUCGUGCCCCACGUUCCACCGUCCACCCCCACAGCAGCAAAAUAACCCAUCAGUAGGCAGAGGAAGUGGAAGGGCACCUAAACAUGCUGCCGACGGGAGAGUGUGCCCAACAACAGGCCUGCAGUUAGGAAGCCUCAUGGACGCGCUGCCACGACCUCGCACUGCCAUGGGCAGACGCUUCCUUCGCUCAAGCAUUUUGCAGCCUCUUAAAGACCGUAUUUCCAUUCAGCAUCGGCAUGAUGCAGUAGAAUGGCUGGUAACUGAUCCUAAGCGUGUCGGAAUUCUAUUGCAGCAGCUUCAACAUUUAGCUGAAAUUGACUUGGAGAAAAUUACUGCUAUAAUCGCGCUUAAUCCGACGCAUCCAACUGACGAAAGCCGCCGGCGGUUGCUGGUCUCGCUUUUGGCUUUCUGGGACGCCCUGGACGCCCUCCAGUCACUCCAUCGCUGUCUGCGAUCCCUUUUGCCGAGUUCAACAGAGGUGCAUGAUGAAAAAAACGCACCUAACUCUAGCAUGCGACCCCUCCUAUUUUAUCAACUCGCACAGACGCUUGAAUCUUGUCUUCUACACGAAAUUCUUGUCGUUUUCAACCACUUCCUGGACCCCACAGUGCGUGAAUUACGUGAACAAAUCCCUAGAAGAGCCGCAGCCAACGAAAGGACAGACGCAACUGAACCUUGCGCUUCCUCCGUGUUUGAACCCUAUGGCGACACUGAGGUCCGCGUCUAUGGGCCGAGAAGGUUAAAUUUUACCUCACAUAACGUACUUCAGCUUAUGCGGAUUGGGUUUGCCAUUCAAGCGCCGCCUGGAAGCGCCUUGGACGUCGCUCGUAGUGCGCUUUGCCAGCAAAUAAAAAGCAUAACCGACUACCAAGUGCAACUCGCGUUGAGGUACCAACUCAACACCCUGAAGCUGGAAGCGGACCCCGACCACAUGUUCUGCCUUUCUUACCUGGGGUUAGAAGAGCCUAAGACACGCGGUGGUCCUUUUAUUCACAAAUACGCCGGUAGUAGUCACUAUCAGCUUUACCUCCAAGCCCUUUGUGGCCUGAGAAAUGAGGAAGAUACUCCUUGGCGUGACGAGGAGACAACUUCUGCUCCACAUCUUAACCCGCUUCCCAGAACAAGCGAAGCCCACCGCAAGCGAAAGCCUCCAAGGGUGUAUUGCACGACCAGUGAACUCACAGCACUCUGUCAUGCCGCGAUUCGCUGGAGCAGCGACAUUUUUGAGAAGGAGGUUCAGGCUGCGCAGGGGUUGUUGACUGUGCUUCAGACUAAUUUGGGCCGCAUUCAGGCCCUCACAGAGGCCGUAGCGCUAUUGGAUAUGCUACUUUCCUUUGCCACGUACUCCAUGAUAAACCACGGCUCGCGCCCGUUGCUUUGGGAUCAGGAAAGUGGGACCACUACAAAUCCGCAUGGCAAUGAGUCAGCAAAGUCGGAUGAAAAUAAUCCAAAUGGGGUGACCUUCUGUGUUUUAAAUGCCUACUACCCCUCCGUUGUUUCGUGCGGCGCCUCGCGGAACAUGUUGUUGGUGCCAAACAGCGUGACGUGGGCACCGGAAGUCUCCGUAGUUGUUCUUACAGGGCCUAACGGCGCUGGUAAAAGUCUUUUGCUGAGAAUGAUCGGGCAGAUCUUUGUACUAGCUCAAUGCGGAUGCUUUGUCCCAGCAGAGUCUGUUGAGCUCUUCAUUACGGACCGUAUCCUCGCACAUAUGCUUUGCGAUGACUUGCCUUCAGUGCUGUGCUCCUCUCAAAGAAGGGAACUAAUGGAGCUUGCCGAAAUAUCAAACGUAGCGACUUCUCGCAGUGUUGUGCUUAUAGAUGAACUUGGCCGUUCCAUGCUCUACACAGAAGGUUUCACGCUCGCGUGGGCUGCCGUAAUGUGGCUUAGAAGUGAAGGAAUUCAUAGCCUAUUCUCGACCCAUUUCGCGGGCAUCACAGAAAUACCACACGCAUUCCCCGAUACGACGAACAUGCAUUUUGCGUUGGAAUACACAGAAAGGGACACAAAUGAAGCAGCUCACAGGACUACUGCUACGAUAUCUCACCAUCUGAAACCCGGCGCGUGCCCAGACUCUACUUACGGGCUGCAAGUUGCAAUGAAGAUGGGUUUUCCCAUCGAAGUUUUAUCUGUAGCCCGAAGUCUUUACAGAGCACACCUUUGGGAGACCAAAAACAUGGUGUUGCUUAACUCAUCCAUUAAACCGUAA